AUGAUCGCAGACAAGCCCAUCUUUGCGCUCGUCAUCGCCAUUGAUACGUACAAGAACAAAUCGAUCCCAUCCCUUGAGGGCUGUGGUCUCGACGGCGCCGACUUUGUCCACUUCCUCACGAAUACACUGCGCGUCCCCGAGAGCCGCAUCAUCCAGCUCAACAACGAGCAGGCCACGCGUUCCGCGAUACUCGCCGCCUUCCAAUGCGCGUUUAUCGAGAACGACAAAAUUGAGCACGGCGACGCGAUGGUUUUCUUCUACGCGGGGCAUGGCGAUCGCGUCAAGGCGCCUGUUGGAUGGACAGCGAAUGACGAUAUGAUCGAGAUGAUCUGCCCGUUCGACCUAGAGACUCCAGACGAUAACGGGGUCCCCAUCCCUGGCAUCCCAGACCGGACUUUCGAUAGUCUCAUGCGAUACUUGGCCUCGGUGAAAGGAGACAACAUUGUACGUGCAUCUCCAGACCACUCCGUCGACAGACAGCCUGAUCGACCCCGUGCAUGA